AUGUUGUGUCCUCCUGACUCGCCAGCAUCAGAAGCGAUUCCCGUAUGUCAGCCCAUCCGACCAGCACCUAGACCACCCGUACCACUGACAUUAGAUUCCGCUAUACCAGUGUGUAAAGAACCAUCACCGCUGUCUGAAUACGUGCCUAUGAAUCCUCCCAAAUCGCUGAGGAUUUUUGAACAAGAUAGUGCAAGCUUGCCGCCUGUCACUUCAAAUCGGCUUCAAAUCAGUGAACCAAUCCCCCUCAUAGUAGCUGGUAAAGUUGUGAAUGAGCAAUUAACGAAAACACCUGCACUGGCAAAAAGGCCAUCACAGGACUUCAUUGCAUCUUUGGAAGAUACAAUCCGGGCGCAAAAUUUAGACCGAAGGACCAGAUUCGAACAUAGU